AUGUUUAAUGGUGAAUCUGAAACGGAGAAGGUAUUGGGCAUGUUCUGGCCACCGAAAAUCGAUGAGCUUUGUUUUGUACUAAAGUUUGCUAAGGUCUCUCUAGGAGUUUUGAGUGGCAAUCGUCGUCCUACCAAACGCGAGGUAUUGAGCCAUACGAUGUCCAUAUACGACCCAUGCGGAUUUUUGGCCAAUAUCGUUAUCAAAUCUAAAAUACUGCUACAAGAAUUGUGGAGAGUCAACGUGGGUUGGGAUUCACCAAUACCAGAUGAUAUUUACCGCAAGUGGUAUGAUUGGUACAUGGAGUUGACGGACGUAGAAAAAAUAAGCGUACCGAGGUGCUACCACAGCAAUUUUACUGAUCCGAAUUCUCACGUCGAUAUGCUUGUGGCUUUCUCUGCUGUAGUAUAUUGGCGGAUCUGUUAUUUAAACGAAGUCGGUGUGGUGUUCGUGGCUGGGAAGUCGAGAUGCCGCCCAAUUAAACCUCUGUCCAUUCCCAGAUUGGAGCUAUAG